CUACAUUGAGUGACGUAUCUGGAUGUAGGUCACAACUUGCCAUUGGUGGUUAAGGCUCGUAUAUAUUGGUGUUCGAGAGGGGUGUGUGUAUUGUUGUGUAGUAGAAGAAACUCUCAAGAUUGUCUCAUCGAGUUCUCGUAACUACUCCAAGGACACAAACAAAAUGCGUCCUCUAUUAUUGUGUUCGCUUGUCUUUCUUGGAUCCCUACUGUCUCUCGCAAGAGCCGACGGACAUGGCUGGGAUUACAGGCCAAUCAAAGUGAUUAUUAAAGAACAUCCGAAGCUUAUCACCAUUCCACAUUAUGUACCGUGGCCUAAACACGUUCCAGUGCCAAAGCACGUGCCGGUACUUAAGCCGCUGCCCAUCGCGAAACCGGUCCCUGUUCCAAAGAUCGUGCCAGUGGUGAAGCACAUCCAUAAGGUGGUCCAUGUACCGAAAGUAAUCCACAUUCACAAAUCUGUGCCAGUACCCAAACCCUAUCCUAUCCCAAAGGUGGUCAAGGUUCCCAAGCCUUACGUAGUACAUAUUCCAAAGCACGUGCCAGUACCCAAGCCUUAUCACGUACCCAUCCACGUGAAGAUCCCCAAGCCUUACAUCGUCCCUGUUCACAAAUCUGUGCCCAUUCCAGUGCCCAAACACGUACCGGUCAAAGUUGAAGUGAUCAGGGUGAAACCUUUAGUCAUCAAGAAGCCAGUGCCUAUUCUGUACCACGAAAAGAAGCACGAAUGGUGAUUUGAAUCAACGAGACAUCAACUAAUGUAUAAUACCUUCACUAAUAUCCCUCGUGUUUGAAAAUUGCAGGACUUUCAAACGAACGAGAGUUGAGCUGCCAAAAGCAACCUUUAUCCUUUCUUUGUUAGAAGGGAUUUCUUGAGAACUUUUGUGUACAGUGUACGCUUGUAAUUUGGAAGCUGUUUCUGCGGCCUAAUUCAAGAAGACCGUUCACCAGUUCCCAGUAAUGCUUGUUUUGGGUCGCAGAUAAUGGAAAAGCCAAAUGUGUUUAAUGUAUUAUGUAUCUAUAA